UGCAGUCUCAUGCCACGGCGUUUGGUGAAAGUGAAGCGGGUGCUCGUCCUGGUCUGGGUGUAACUCCCUCUUUGUGUGUGUGAGUGCUCUCCUGUUAAGAUGUCGUCGGCCCAACAUGACGGGACAUUCAGUCAGCUCAAUAAGUUUGAGAAACUGUCGUGGAGGCCCUUCAUCCGAGACUCAGGCUCUAAGAAGCGGGCACGGUGGCUUCAGGCUCGACGCAUCUUCUCCCCUUCCUGUCCCAACCUGCGGAUCCCCAACAGGUUUCUGAGAGAAGGACACUGUGUACCUCCUGCCCGGAGUGGACACCGCUGUGUUGCAGACAGCACCAACCUGUACGUGUUUGGAGGCUACAACCCAGACUUUGAGGAGGCAGGCGGGUCAGAGAAUGAAGACUACCCUCUUUUCAGGGAGCUUUGGCGGUUUCAUUUUGCCACAGCCACGUGGCAACAAGUCCGCACGGAGGGUUACAUGCCUACAGAGCUGGCCUCUAUGUCAGCUGUUUUACAUGGCAACAACCUGCUUGUGUUUGGUGGCACUGGGAUUCCAUUUGGUGAAAACAAUGGCAAUGAUGUCCAUGUUUGCAACGUUCAGUACAAGCGAUGGAACCUGCUCAACUGCAGAGGGAAGAAGCCCAACAAGAUCUAUGGGCAGGCGAUGGUCAUCAUAAAUGGCUACCUCUAUGUGUUUGGAGGGACAACAGGCUACCUUUACAGCACUGACCUGCACAGGCUGGACCUGACCACCAGAGAGUGGACCCACCUCAAACCCAACAACGCACCGUCAGACCUGCCUGAAGAGAGGUACAGACAUGAACUAGCUCAUGAUGGACAGAGAAUAUACAUUUUAGGAGGUGGGACUUCCUGGACAUCAUAUUCCCUGGACAAGAUUCAUGCAUAUAACUUGGAGACAAAUUACUGGGAGGAAAUAAUCACCAAACCCCAUGAAAAAAUAGGAUAUCCCGCUGCCCGCCGUUGUCACAGCUGUGUGCAGGUCAAAGAUGAGGUGUUUAUAUGUGGGGGUUAUAAUGGAGAGCUAAUCCUGUCGGACCUGUGGAAGAUCAACCUGCAGACUUUUCAGUGGACCAGGCUGCCUGCCAUCAUGCCAGAACCAGCCUACUUUCACUGUGCUGCAGUCACUCCGGCUGGCUGUAUGUACGUCCACGGCGGCGUCGUCAACAUGUCCGGGAACCGGAGGACUGGCUCUUUGUACAAAGUGUGGUUGGUGGUGCCUAGCUUGCUGGAACUGACCUGGGAAAAACUGCUGAAAACUUUCCCUCACUUAGCCCAGCUGUCCACCCUUCAGCUGCUCAGCCUGGGACUGACACACACACUAAUUCAGCGGCUCAAAUAGAGGGAGCGCAGAGACUGUAGGAGGCGGUAUGUGAUGGAGCAGCACUGGCUGUAAUAUUGCAGUUAACUAGGCAAAAAAGUUCCUGAAACAAAUUCUGAUGUCAGAUGGUUAUGAAAAUACUUUGAAUGCCUUUUAACUCCAGUCUUAUGUAAAUGUGUGUGGUUUUUUUUUUUUUUUAAAUACGAAGUGCAAUGUUUUAACUUUCUCUGUAUGUGAACGUGUCAGAUUGGACUUUGCACGUACCCGUCAUAAGCCAUGCAUCAGUGUGGAAACCAGAAUCACUGUAUGCUGAUUUCCACUUCCUUGUUGCUCAGGGGUAUCUUGUGCAAUACUCCGUUUUUUGUUUUAUUUUUUUUGUUGUUUUUUUUUUUACCACACAUCACUGUCACUCAAACUUGUGGAGCAUGAGCAAGAAUUGUUAAAUCUUCCAAAGACCAUUUCUUGAAAGGCAAAAUGAAUGUCGCUUCUGCUCGAGUAAUUUCAGCUUCUGUUCAGAGGUACGCCUGUUUCACUGUUGAAGUGAAGACGUGUUGCUGCCAGUCAGCUGCUGCUACGCCCACUGUUACAUAGGUAAGGUUUAGAAAUGACUGCAUUUUCAAACAGGAGAAAUUUGUGACCAGUUUUCAUCCUUAUAGACACUUACAUUUCUAUUCAUCUAGAAAUAUGUUAAAUUCUCUGAAAAGUGGCUCACUGCUCAUCAUGCAUGUUAUAACUGUGAUACCUCUCAUCAGUCUAACUAGGUCAAUUAUUUAAGCCAUCAUGUUUUAGCCUCAAGGACUUCCUGAUUGUAUGCUAAUAUCGAGCUGUGAUUACAUUGGAAAAAAAGUUUCCCUCACUGGUCACAUUAGGCCUUGUGAUCAGAUGAAAACCCAAAGGCCUCUUUAAAAUCAUCUGUGACAUUGCAUCACUGUGAAUCUUGUGCCUCUUCGAUUCUUCUUUUUGGAAAAAUGAAGCUGAGUACUUUAGAAAUGAAUUUACACACCUGUAGCUCCACAGCAAUUCUCAAGCCUUUUUAUUUCUUCAUUUGGUGCCUUCUGAAUGACCAAAAUAUCACACACAUUUAAA